UCAAAAAAUUAUCAAUAAUUAAAAAAAAAAAAAGAAAAUAUUCAUAUUCACGAAAGAAUAAGUAACAGUUCCAUGGUCAAAAGUACGAAUAAGAUAAAUGUAUUUGAUUCACAUUUCGAAGUAGAGAUAUCUCGCGUUUUUCCCUCGUUAUUCAUAAUACCUGAAAGAUUCUAGAAUAUCUUUUUUUUUUUGUUUGGUUGAAAUUUUCAGGAUAUUCUAGUUGAAAGUAAACUUGUUCAUGGAUAAUAUAUCAGUAUAACGGGUAUAAUUAUUUAUGAAAACUAAAGGAUUCAAGAGUAUUUUAAUAUAUUGAAUAUUUUAUCAUUAUGUAAAAAGUAUAAUAUUAAAUAAAUAAAUAAAUUUGUUUGUUUGUUUGUUAAUAGUUUUCGAUGGAUAAAUUCGUUAGAAAGUUUAAUAUUGGAAGGAUGUGAAUUAAUUGAUGAUUAUUUAUUUGUUAAUAUAAUAUCAUCAUUAAUAUUAUCUGAUAAAAUUGAUAAAAUAAUAAUUGAAGAUACACAUAAAUGUCCAUUAGAUAAAAUAUUUUAUCAAAUGAAUUGUUCAAAUAAAUUAUCAUUAUGUCAACAAUGUUUUAAAUUCUAUAAAAAUAUUUCAAAAAAAUUUAAAUUAAAAAUUCUUAAUUUAUCUGGUUGUUAUAAAAUAACUGAUUAUGGUUUAAAUUUAUUAAUAAAUAAUGGUAUAACUGAAUAUUUAACAUAUAUUGAUUUAUCUGGUUGUAUUAGAAUAAGUUGUGAUUGUUUAUCAUUAUUAGUAAGUUCAUCAGCAAAUUUAACAACAGAAAAUAUUUAUUUUUGUGAUAAUAUAUCAUUAUCUUUAUUAUCAACAGCUAAUUCUUGUCGAAAUGUUGAUAAUAAUUGUGGACGUUAUUGUUGUCGUUCAACAUAUUAA